AAAAAUAUGUUGGUGAUGGAGCAUCAAUAUGUAGACCCAUGGGUCCAUUACCUUUUCUCCGGGCCACAAGACAGGUUGGGUCCUGGGUCUAGAUUGAUUCCUAGUUGAUGGUCUUCUAUCAGGUGGUCUGUUUCCAGAAGGCGAAUGAUAUCGCUGCAAAAUGUGGCAGUUCAAAAUCACAUUUUUUAUCAUCAUUUUAUGCUCUAUAUACUGUAGUCAAUCAGCAAGAAGCCACCGCAAUUCCAAGGAAAAUCAUCUUUGCAAUGAGGAAACUAUCAAAAAAGCUUUGGAUAAUUUAGAUAAUAGUAAAUUAGAGAUUUAUGACCACAUAGACGACCCAAGUUUUGAUAAAAUUAUGUCAGAUUAUACGGAUGCCUUAAAAAUAUUUAAAACUAUCGCUAAUAAUAUCGUGGCUUCUUGUCCUAAUAUUAAUCAAUCAAAUUUGAAGGCGUAUCUGGAUGGACAUCAUAAUAUGGAGCAAUGCUCUGAAGCUUUGCUGAAAGAUGAUUACGAGCUGGUAGAGAGAACUUGUCCUCAACUUUAUGAUCAAGGAAAUAUUAAUUGUGUCGUGAAUUACGUUGUUAAUGGAACUGAAGGUUUCGAUCACAUCUUGGAUUAUUGCACCAGGGUUAAAACUAAUAUAACCCAUAAAAUUUUAUUUUACAAUGCGUUAUCACAAGAAAGUCAAGCUGGUGUGGAAAAUUACAAAAAACUAUUUCAGCACAUUAAGCAAUAUUUGAGCGAUCAAUCACUGACUCAAGAAGAAAAAGAGGGUUUUGCCAAAGUUGCCAAACACUUAAUUUGGUCAUCGUUUAAAAACAAUCCACCAAUCGCAUAUCCUGAUCUAAUGGAGCAAGCCUACCAAGUAAGUGAGUCAUUAGGACAAAAUAUUGCGCGUGACCUGGUUGUGGAUGCCGUCGAUAAAAAACUGGAUAUUUUACAACUUCAACUCUUGAUCGAACACAUACCAAGCCUAUCUUGUAAAAUACGUGCGUAUUUAUACGUAUAUGGACAUCUUGCAGAUUAUCCAAACGCAGAUGAAGCCAAAUUUCGUCUGGCAUACCCAAUGUAUACUUUGCGGCAUUCUCCAAACUAUACAGCAGUCGACAGCCAACUUAGGGCAUCUUUGUCUGCUGCUUAUGAAACUUUACCUGAGUACGCCAAGGAGUUCAUGAGUAGCGGUGAAGUUUGCUUCCAAAUUGCCAAUUUGGAAGGCAAAGAAACUGAAAGAAAAAAUGAAGAUGUUUUUAUUAAAAUACAUGCCGGAAGGCGUAAAACAACUAACGAGUAUCUUUUUGUAGAAUCUCCUCAAGGUAGAAGAACCCGCUGUGAUAGAUCCGGUGUGGUUUCAUAUUUUUUCAAAACUGGUCCUCCGGAAAAUAUAUCCCUGGUUCAAGGUUCCACAAGGACCACUGGGGAUUUCCGGCUCAAUGGUCCAGAAGGAGUUGACUGUAAUGUUCCAUGGACAAGUCGGAACGUAUAUUUCUGCUGUUUCAUAGAAUACAUGCUGAGCAAUUUUCAUCAUAAUCACGAUGAUUUUAUCAAAUUUGCUCAAGCGCACGCAUCACAACAUGCUGAUAAAUUUUCCGAGAAAUGUUUAAUUUGA